AAUCUGAUGCAAAAGAGGCAAUCGCCCUCAAAAUCAAUUGAAUUGCUACUAGUAUUCCUAAGCGCAUUGUAUCGUUUGUUGGUUGUCACUCCAGCCCAAAACUUCUUCCCUCCUUUUAGACGGAUACUUGAAUGAAUCAAAAUUUAAAAAUCGAUCAUAAAUAAACAAAUCCCUAAGAAUUCAUGGCGAGUAUGGGUGAAAGCUCUUCCACUCCCAAAUGCACCACUAUAGAAAAGCCUCUAGUUGUUAGGGUUAAGCGCAAGUCCUCCCAGUUUCGGCUCGACGCUUUAUGGCUUGAAAUCAAUGAGAGGCCAUCAAAGCGCCCGCUGUUUGAUUUUCAGAAGCUUUCCAUUAGUGAUGAUUCAGCCCAUAAAAAAGUUGAGGAAUCGAAGACUAAAAAGGUUUUUGUACAUCACAUUACCACAGUCAGCAGCUCAGAUGUGAUUACUGAUAUACUGCAAUCAUUUGUGCCUAGUUCUGCUGAAGCCAUUCCAAAAAGUGAAGAACGAAAGCAAACAUUUAAGAAGGAUAAUAAACAAGAGCAGCUUUUGUCCAAGGCUAGACAAAGUCAAGAGAUAUCAGCUCAAAAUGCUCGUUUUGAACAAAUAUGGAGGAGCCGUAGGGGAAACAAAGAGGCUUCAGAUGAUAGAGCACUGCAUGACAUGUGUCAUUUCUAUGAUGUUGUUCGUGUUGAUGUUGGGGGAAGAUCUACUGUGAUGCAAGAGCAGGAAGUAAUGUCCUUGGAGGAUCAGAAGAUUCUUUCUAGCUAUCUGCCUCUGCUUAGAGAGUUUAUUCCAAGUGCUGCAGCAGAUAUUGAAUGUGAUAUAAAUAAUUGCAUGUCUAAGCCUGAUGAUUAUGUUUAUGACUAUUAUACUGUAAGGGAUGACAUGGGUAUGGGUGAUGAAGAUUCUUUGAGCCCUUUUCCGCUGGUACAGGUGGAGGAUGAAGAUUUCUAUGAUGGGCCAGAUGAUGAAUCAGAAUAUGAAAGUGAAGAUUCGAAUGCUGAGCAUCAUCCACGGAAUGAUUAUCCUGAUGAAGCAUCUGAAGAGGAAGACGAAGAAGAGAUUGAAGCAUCUUCUAAUGAAUCAGAAGAACAUGAUGACACUAGCACUGGAUCUUCAGAAUUUGAGGAAUGUCUGCAUGGUUUGUCUGAAGAUGCAGUUCCAUCACAUGAAGAUGGACUUUAUGACGAUGAUGACGACGACGCUUUUUACUAUGAAGAUGAUGAUGACUUUGAGCAUGAUGAUGAAGAUGUUGGUGAAAAUUGGAGGUGAUAUUUUAUCGUUUUUACAGGACUUACAUUGCCCUCACCUCCUCUCAUUCUGUAGCUAGUAAAUAUUUCUUCAGUUUAAACCAUGAAGUUCUAGUUGUAUAAACUUAGGUAGAUUCCUGCAUCAUGUUCGGCUGCAGUAGGAACCCCUGAAUAUAGAGCUACUUGGCCUUGCAAUCUAGUCGCAGCAAUGCGUUUUUUUCAGACUCGGGAAAGUGGAAUUGCUCGACAUUUGAGUAUUUUUCGUAAUGGUCAUUGUAGAAUGUCAAGUCACCGCCCUUUGUUUCAAUAGUUAUCCAACUUUUAUUUAUGUUGUCUCAA